CUUUUCAAGCCGCAUCUCUCCUCGUUCUCUUCCAACCCCAAGACAAGUUGUCCGCCCUGCCGACAAGCACUUGCUCUGCACUCAGGACCAUUUUAUAGGAAAAGCGAUAAGAAGACGGGUUCCUCUGUCGGGUCAUCAUGUCAAGCCAGUCGCCAUUGCCCCAGCCUACGAAGAACGUCGUUCUUGACACGACUUCUCUUCCCCCAUCUUCAUCAGCAUCAGUUUGGGACCGCAUCUCGAAAUGGGUGUCGGAAAAUAAGGCCCUUGUUUACACCAUUGCCGGUGUUGCUGUGGUCGUGACGAGCGCGGGUGUCGUCUACUACCUCUCCGACUCGAGUCGGACUACCCCGGCCCCUCCCACAGAGAAGAAGAAGAGUAAGAACCAGAGAAGAAAGGAGAAGAAGAAGGCAGAAGAGGAGAAGAAGGCCAAGGCUGCCUCCGUUCAAGAGGAGCCUGCGGCGAAGAAGCCGGAGGAAGCCUCUGAAGAACUUCCAGAAGUUGACGAGGAAUCCGUUGCACAGCUGUCGGAAGAGACAAGGAAGGCUUACGCAGCCAAGCUCAAGGCUGCUGGAAACAAGGCGUAUGGCUCCAAGGACUACAACAAAGCCAUUGAGCUCUACGGAAAGGCCAUUCUCUGCAAGCCCGACCCAGUCUUCUACUCGAACCGUGCCGCCUGCUACAACGUUCUGUCGGAGUGGGAGAAGGUUGUCGAAGAUACCAGUGCCGCUCUCGCCAUGGACAGCGAGUACGUCAAAGCCCUGAACCGGAGAGCUAUUGCAUACGAACACCUGGAGAAGUUCAGCGAGGCUCUUCUUGACUUUACUGCCAGCUGCAUCAUUGACGGCUUCUCCAACGAGAUCAGCCGUGUUGCUCUGGAAAGACUCCUGAAGAAGGUUGCUGAGAGGAAAGGAAAGGCCAUUAUUGAGGCGAAGGGCAAGAAGCUCCCUAGCCCGACCUUCGUUUCGAACUAUCUCCAGAGCUUCCGCCCCCAGGCACUGCCCGAAGGCCUCGAUGAGUCUGUGGAUCUGAGCGAAGAAUCUGGCAAGGGCCAACUCCGCAAGGGUCUGCUUGCAAUGGCCCUGAAGACUGGUGAUGGCUAUGAGGAGGCUGCUUCUGCUUUUGAGAAGGCCCUGGAGCUCGGAGACUUGGGUGAAUACGAAGCCCUUGCUCUUAACCUGAGAGCCACUUUCACCUAUCUCGAGGGUAACGCCCAGGCCGCAUUGUUGGAUCUCAACAAGAGUGUUGAGUUGCAGCCGUCGUUGGUUCAGAGCUACAUCAAGCGUGCCAGCUUGCACCUCGAGCUCGGAAACAAGGACGCCGCUGCCGACGACUUCGAGCUCGCCAUCACCCACAACAAGGAUGACCCCGACAUCUACUACCACCGCGCCCAGCUUCACUUCAUUCUCGGAGAGUUCGCCGAGGCUGCUAAGGAUUACCAGAAAUCCAUCGAUCUCGACCGUACUUUCAUCUACUCCCACAUCCAACUUGGUGUUACGCAGUAUAAGAUGGGCUCCGUUGCGUCCGCUAUGGCUACUUUCAGAAGAUCCGUGAAGAACUUUGAAGAAGUGCCCGAUGUCUACAACUACUACGGUGAACUUCUUCUCGACCAGCAGAACUUCUCGGAGGCGAUUGAGAAGUUCGACAAGGCCGUGGAGAUGGAGAAACAGAGCAAGCCUAUGGGUAUCAACGUUCUGCCCCUGAUCAACAAGGCUCUUGCCUUGUUCCAGUGGAAGCACGAUUUCCAGGAGGCUGAGAACCUCUGCCAGAAAGCCCUGAUCAUUGAUCCUGAAUGCGAUAUCGCCGUAGGAACGAUGGCGCAGCUUCUGCUGCAGCAGGGCAAGGUCUCGCAGGCCCUCAAGUACUUUGAGCGUGCCGCUGAGCUUGCUCGUACCGAGGCGGAGAUUAUCAAUGCCAUCUCCUAUGCUGAGGCCACCCGCACGCAGCUGGAGGUCCAGGAGAAGUACCCCCAGCUUGCUGCCCGUCUGCAAGGCAUGGGUGCUGGCUUUGCCCCCCCUCCCUCUCUGUAAGAUUGAGUCCUGAUAUAUCUUCAUUUACACCCGUCAAGACACCAAAAGACGUGUACGACCUAAUCUCUUCUCCCUCAUUCUCCUCUGUCUUGGAAUUCCGGUGCUUGAAGCGUUGCAGGCUGUAGGUCAUGCCUGGUCUGCUCAGGUAGGUGCAUGG